UCGGCCAUGAACGGACCUGGUUUUGUAGGCAUCAAGUUCUGUCCAGAGUGUAACAAUAUGUUGUAUCCUCGCGAAGACAAAGAACAUCGGCAGCUGAUGUAUGCAUGCAGGAAUUGUGAUCAUAAAGAGGUUGCGGAUAAUCCGUGUAUCUAUGUCAAUAAACUCGUGCAUGAAGUGGAUGAAUUGACUCAGAUUUGUGCUGACGUAGUACAUGAUCCCACCUUGCCUAAAACUGAGGAUCAUCCAUGUCCAAGGUGUGGAGGAACUAAAGCUGUGUUUUUCCAAGCUCAAACGCGAAGAGCAGAGGAAGAGAUGAGACUUUAUUACGUAUGCAUGGAUACUACGUGUAGCCAUCGUUGGACGGAAUAA